AUGGAUGUCACGGCUCUCCGAGACCGUAUCCAGUGUACCCUGGAUGCGGAUGCGAACAUUCGCCGGCAGGCCGAGCUGGACCUGAAAUAUGCCGAAUCUCAGCCCGGUUUUAUCAAUGCGCUGCUGGACAUUCUGCAGGGCGAACAGAACAAUGCCGUUCAACUCUCUGCCGGUGUCUACCUGAAAAACCGCAUCAACAGAGGUUGGGCGCCUAUUGAUGACAGCCCCCAACGUGCCCCCGUGCCUGAGUCCGAGAAGCCUGGUUUCCGCGAGCGAUUGAUCCCUGCCCUCGCCUCGACUCCUCCAAAUGUCCGCGCACAGCUGGUUCCCCUUCUGCAGAAGAUCCUGCAGCACGACUUCCCCGAGAAGUGGCCCGGGUUCCUCGACCUCACCCUCCAGCUCCUCGGUACCAACGAUGCAAACACUGUCUACGCCGGACUGCAGUGCCUGUUGGCCAUCUGCCGCGUUUAUCGCUUCAAGGCUGGAGAGAAGCGGGAGGAGUUCGAUAAGAUUGUGGAGCACUCGUUCCCACAGCUGCUCAGCAUUGGCCAGAGAUUGGUUGACGAGGAGAGUAUCGAGGCUGCCGAAAUGCUGCGCAUUGUGGUGAAGUCCUACAAGCAUGCCAUUUACUUUGAGCUUUCGCCUGCCCUUCAGACCCACCAGGCUACCGUAGACUGGUGCACAUUGUUCCUGCGCAUCAUCUCAAAGACGCCUCCGGCAAGCUCCAUGGGAGACUCCAAGGAAGAGCGCGAGUUGAACCACUGGUGGAAGUGCAAGAAGUGGUCUUACGCCAACCUCAACCGUCUCUUCAUCAGAUACGGUAACCCUUCAACGAUGACGAAAUCCUCUACCCCCGACUACACCGCGUAUGCGAAGACAUUUAUCACCACUUUUGCUCCUGAAAUCCUCAAGGGGUACCUUCAGGAAAUUGACAAGUGGGUGUCCAAGAACCAAUGGCUCAGCAACCCUGCGCUUUCUUACACACUGGUCUUUAUGGAGGAGUGUGUCAAGCCCAAGACGAUGUGGGACCACCUGAAGCCGCACAUGGACAACCUGAUCGCCCACUUCGUCUUCCCUACACUAUGCCAGUCGGAUGAGGACAUCGAGCUGUUUGAGGACGACCCUUCGGAAUAUCUCCACCGCAAGCUGAACUUCUACGAGGAGGUUUCGGCUCCCGAUGUCGCCGCUACCAACUUCCUCGUUUCCCUCACCAAAAACCGCAAGAAGCAGACAUUCUCAAUCCUCACAUUCGUCAACAGCGUUGUCAGCAAGUACGAAUCCGCUCCGGAUGAUCAGAAGCAGCCUCGGGAGAAGGAGGGCGCCCUGCGCAUGAUUGGCUCCCUCUCGUCCGUCAUUCUGGGAAAAAAGAGCCCUAUUGCCGACCAGGUUGAAUACUUCUUCGUUCGCCAUGUCUUCCCUGAAUUCCGCAGCCCCCAUGGAUUCCUGCGUGCCCGCGCCUGUGAUACCCUCGAGAAGUUCGAGCAGCUCGACUUCCAGGACCCCAACAACCUCAUGGUUAUCUACCGUAACAUUCUGGAAUCAAUGACCGAUCCCGAAUUACCCGUCCGCGUCGAAGCUGCCCUUGCCCUGCAGCCCUUGAUCCGUCACGACGUUAUCCGAACCUCGAUGCAGCAGAACAUCCCGCAGAUCAUGCAGCAGCUUCUCAAGCUGGCCAACGAGGUCGAUGUUGAUGCUCUGGCCAAUGUGAUGGAGGAUUUCGUUGAGGUGUUCUCCGCAGAGCUGACACCUUUCGCUGUAGCUCUGAGCGAGCAGCUGCGCGACACCUACAUGCGCAUUGUUGGUGAGGUUCUGGAGCGCAAUGCCAGCAAGGGCGGCGACGAUGAUGGCUACGGUGAUUUCUUGGACGACAAGAGCAUUACCGCUUUGGGUGUUCUGCAGACCAUUGGAACUCUCAUUCUUACCCUUGAGAGCACCCCCGAUGUCCUUUUGCACCUUGAGACUGUCUUGAUGCCCGUCAUCAGCAUCACUCUUGAGAAUAAGCUCUAUGACCUUUACAAUGAGGUUUUCGAGAUCAUUGACAGCUGCACUUUUGCAUCCAAGUCCAUCUCGCCCACCAUGUGGCAGGCAUUCGAGCUCAUCCACAAGACCUUCAAGGCUGGCGCUGAGUUGUAUCUCGAGGAUAUGCUCCCAGCCCUCGAUAACUACGUUUCCUAUGGCUCUGAGAUGCUUUCUCAGAACCCUGCCUAUCUUGGUGCUCUUGUUGGCAUGGUUGAGGAUAUCUUCCGUGACGACAAGGUCGGAGGUGUUGACCGCAUCUGCGGAUGCAAGCUUGCUGAGACUCUCAUGCUGAAUUUGCGCGGAAAUAUCGACCAGUACAUUCCCCUCUUCAUUGAGAUGCCUAUGAACAUCAUCGAUACUUCGGAGGUUCGCACGAAGUCUUAUCGCAUCCACCUGAUGGAGAUGGUCAUCAACGCCAUUUACUACAACCCCGUACUCAGUCUCCAGGUUCUUGAGUCCAAGGGCUGGACAAACAAGUUCUUCAGCAUGUGGUUUUCCAACAUUGACAACUUCCGUCGUGUUCACGACAAGAAACUGUCCAUUGCCGCUAUCAGCUCCCUUCUCACCCUGAAGGCGGCCGACGUUCCCGUGAGCGUCCAGCAGGGAUGGCCGAGAUUAUUGCAGGGCGUGACAAGACUCUUCCAGACUCUGCCUGCUGCUCUCAAGCGUAAGUAUACCGAGUAUCCCAUCUUAUCAUCUCCACCUGUUAAUAAAUUAUCCUCAGAACGCGAGGACGCCACGAAAGAGUCUGACUUCACCCUCGAUGACGAUCUGGACGAUGAUGAUGAGGACAAUGACUGGGAUGGUGAGGUCGAGUGGAACGAGGAAGAGACCGAGGGCGCUCUUGAUGGUGACGUUGCCGACGAGAGUGCUGCCUAUCUCGAAUUCCUUAACCAGGAAGCCCAAAAGUUCGGCUCUUUCGCCGAUGAUGAUGAUGAGGAACUGGACGAGGAGAGCCUUCUUGAGACUCCUCUGGACAAGGUUGAGCCGUAUGGCAUGUUUAAGCAUGUCUUCAUCAACCUCCAGUCCGAGCAGCCCCAGCUGUACGACAGCCUCACCAAGGUUCUUGGCCCCGAGGAGCAGCAGAUCCUCCAGGCUGUCUUCCACGAGGCUGAUGCCAAGGCGAUGGUCGCCGCUGCCAACGCAGAAGCCGCCGCCGCCGCGGGCGUGCAGUCCAACGGCAACCAAUAG